UCUUUAUGGUGCGAGUAUCUGUCAAUCAAUUUUAGAAGACACUUUCCUAACUACCUUGUUUCCACCCCUGCGCGAGUUUGUCAAUGAAUGUUCCGUUCCAAGCUGGGCGCAUCAGUACGUGUAAUGGUUCCUGAGCAAUAGCGCGUGCUUCCGCUGCUCCCUUUCAGUAGAAAAGUACUUGGAAAACGGGAAAGAAACUAUUUUAUUCGGAGAGAAACAUCGAGUGGGGAAUCUUGGUUUUCUCGUUUUGGAAUAAUUCGAUUGGGAGAGUAUAAUCUGUGGGCGAGAGAGUGGGGUUUACAACUGUGAAGAUAAUUUUUAUAUUUUCUAUGAGCGCUAGCUAAUAGAUCUAUUUUUCACCCUCGCCACGGUUUGUUCUUUCCAAAGGAAUAAUGACGAACACUUGGAUGCUCUUGAUUUUCGCGGUGGCGACCUGUUUUAUGAGUAAAACGAUAUUCAUCUCGGCGCAGUCGGAUUACCUGUACCUGGAUGACCAGUCAGGAGACUCUGUAGAUGACGACGGUUACAACUCUGGAUCAGGUUCCGGUGAUAUAACUAUCGGUGAAGUCACUGAGCCAGUGGUCAAAGUGAAAACGGUGUUCGCUGCUCCUGAAGCAGAGCCAACCCAGGACUCUCUACCAGACCCUUCAACCACCGUGGAGAUGUUUGCAUUCACUGACCAGAGCACAGAAAUAGCUGAGACAGAGACAGAGACCCAGGUCCCUGAACAGUCUCUGGACGUGACAGAGGAGACUGUUAUCAGCAGUGAAGCUCCUCCCAGCACCACCAGUGCUUCCAGGUUGCUGUAUGAGGCAGACACACCUUACGAUGUGCAAUCUGAAAACCUUUUCCAGAGGACGGAGGUGCUAGCAGCGGUGAUAGCCGGCGGGGUUAUAGGUUUGCUGUUCGCCGUCUUCCUCAUCCUCCUCCUGGUCUACAGAAUGAGGAAGAAGGACGAGGGAAGCUACGUCCUCGGAGAAUGCAAGGCCCCUAGCUCAGCCUAUCAGAAAGCCCCCACCAAGGAGUUCUAUGCCUGAAGCACAACCACCCCGUCACUAUGAAGAGAAACCUCUGGCGCAACAGAAAGACAAAAGGCUGUGUCCCAAAUGGCACUCUAUUCCCUCUAUAGUGUACUUACUACUUUUGACCAGGAUCUGUGAACCAUAUA